AUCUUUCAUUCUCUGUCCUGGGCAACUCGCAAGUUUACCAGACUUAUCCAUGGCUGGUUUAUUAGCAUGGGCAGCGGACGUCGUCGGAGGCGGUGGCGUCGACAGCGACGGAGGCGAUGCGUUAAAUCGGAUCCCACUACUGUUCUCACCGGAACAGCAAAAGUACGUUAGGGAAUUGGAUCAGAAGGCAGCAUCUCUCACCCGUUUGAUCCAGGAUCUACGUCAGAGACUUCCUCCUCCUGACAUCUCCCAGAGCCUCCCUCACUUACACGCUCACACCCUUGCUUCCAAUGCCGCUCUUGCCCGUCAAUUAAAUGCCCAUUCGACGACUCGGGAACAAGCCCAAUUAAGAGAGGCAACACUGCAGGCAGAAAAUGCUGAUUUUGAAAGAGCAAUAUCAAACUGUGAGAAUAAAAUGCAAGAAAAAGUGCAAGAGGCAGAUUUACUACGGAGGAAGUUAGAGGAAAUGAAUGAAACUGAGAAGAAGCUGAAAGCUGAGCUGGAUAAUUUAAAACGUCAAAAUUCUGUAGAUACUGAUCAAUCUGUGAGAUCGCAUGGCUGGAAGGAAGAAUCCAACAUAAAGCCUGAAGCUGGCACAGAUGCAGAUGCAUCAGAUUCUGUUAUGCUAAACAAGUUAGAAGAGAAGAACAAAGAAUUGAGUUCAAUGGAAGAAAUUGUACGAAAAUUAGAGGAAAAAUGGACCGAAAUGCAGGAAAAUGCUCUUGAGCACCCUUCCCCUGCUCAAAGAGAGAAGGCAUUGGAUAAACAGCUUCACAGUCUAAUUGAGCAACUAGCAGCAAAACAGGCUCAAGCUGAGGGCCUACUUAGUGAAAUUCAUCUGAAAGAGAUGGAGCUGGAAAGACUGAAUGGGCAAUGGCGAAGAAUGGAAAGCAAUAUUACUGAGGCCAAUACAGCUAGAAAUCGAUUUGGUAGAAGCUCAUCUGACAAGGGAUAUGCUCUGUUAGAUUAUGAUGGUGAUGGUCAUCAUAAGCUUCCUUACUAUUCUGAUGGCAGAAAUGAAAGCCAACAGAGGAUAAUGCUGCUCAGGUCGGCAUUUGUGCUCUACAUUUUAGCUUUACACGUAAUUGUAUUUAUCAAGAUAUCAUUUUGAUUGCCUGGGAGAAAUUAUUUAUACAUAUACAAAUUCUUAGAAAGGCAGCUAAAUGUAUCAUUCUUUUCACUGUACAUGGUCAUACCUUGGGUUGUAAUAGGGAUGCUUCUUUAGCCUGUACGUACUAUUUUGAUCAUGGAACACUGGCUCAUAAGAAAUGUAAGUACUUGAACACGAAGAAGAUGCUAAUCAAGUGAUUAAUAUUGCUUAUGACUUGCGAAA